AUCAUACGUCACAUUUGUCCCUGUUGGCUAACAGUUAGUAGUGAAGCUGGAAAAACAGUCGCUUCUUUUUUUUAACUUAUUUACUUGAAUAAAACGACAAACAUGGAGAUUGGCACAGAGAUCAGCAAGAAGAUAAGAGCUGCUAUCAAGGGCAAGCUUCAAGAACUUGGAGCAUAUAUUGAUGAAGAGCUCCCAGACUAUAUUAUGGUGAUGGUUGCAAACAAGAAAACCUCCCAACAGAUGGCUGACGAUCUCUCCCUUUUCCUUGGAAACAACACUAUUAAAUUCACAGCAUGGCUGCAGGGUGUCCUCGAGAAGUUAAGAUCUGUUGCAGUCGAGCCUGCAUCCCUCAGUCGACAUCAGCUCCAGUCGGAGAGUGGUGCUGUGGCAGGGAAGAGCCGCUCAUCUGUAAACGAGGACAGCAGAGCAGAGGAUCUGAAGGUGCUGACAGUGUCCAGCUCACGCUCUGAUAGGACCGAAGCACGCGUGUCCAGUUCAGCUCAUGAAAGCAGCAGGAGAAGCAGCUUGGAGAAGAGUUCCUCUCGACUUACCUCCACUGUUAAACCCCUCAUGGAGCCGCUCCCCUUAGAAGCUGUUAUUGACAUCAAACCAGAGAUGGAUGACGACCUCAUCGCUGAGGAUCCUGUAGAAAUGGGCACCAACCAUGGUCGAACACGCAGCGCAGCUAGCAGACCCACAGCUGAAAUCUACAGACCGGGUCAGAGCAGGUUCACAUCAGUGAGCUCUGCGGACACAUGCCGACCCUCAGAAGGAUCCUCUUACUCCAGACAGCAGGACAGCAGAAGCAGCAGAACCUCCAGAACGGGAUCCAGUAAGGAGGAGUUGUCACGGAAGCGCAAGGCUCCGGUAGCAAGCUCAGUGGUGCGAGUGAACCGAGUGGCAGACGAAGACAGCGAUGAUCUGGAAGAGGAGGACACAGGCUACGGAGGCAGAGGCCUGUCCAGCAGAGUGUCCCUGCCCUCCAAACCAGAACGAAAGCCUACUCUCCCUCCAGCCAAGCAAGCCAACAGGAAUCUGAUACUGAAAGCCAUCUCUGAGGCUCAGGACUCGAUCACCAAAACUACAGCCUAUCCCACAAUACCACAGAGACAGACUGUUCCUGUGGCUCCUCGUACUCGCAUCGCUAGCACUGAAGAGAUGAGUGCAGCCAUCCAGCUGGUCCAGGAGCACCUCCACAGCCUGGCCCCCAGGGUUCAGACCUACACCUCCGCAGAACUACCUCCUUCCAGAACACCUGCUCCAGCGAGAUCUUUAGCUUCACGCCUCCAGCUGGACAUAACAGAGAGCACUGAUAGAGGCGAGCAGGGUGACUAUGGUGUUGAGGUGGCAGCAGGCAGCGAGUCAAAGCCAUUUGAUACUCGCUCCUUCAUAAUGAGCCGACCCCAGCUGGGAGAAUCCGCAGCCAGAAGCCAGCAGCGUCCUCAGGGCAAAGGAGAAGUCCAUUCAGCUAUACCACGCACUGUCCAGGCCAGUAAGGAGGGCGUUGACUCUGCCAGUCCUAAGUUCAUAGUAACAUUAGAUGGAGUGCCGAGUCCCCUGGGGAAUCUCGCAGACUGUGAGAUGGAGCUGGAUGAGGUGAGACCACCCACAAAAGUCACAGAGGGAGCAGCCCACGUCAACAGGGAGCCCAAACUCAGCAUCCUUCACAGACUACAGGGAGGAAUCACGUUAGCAGAAGACGACGUGAUGGACAUUGACAUGGUGGAAGAGGAUGCCGUCCCUUUAAAGAAACAGAAGGCGAUGGAGCGCUGCAAGUUCUGGCCGGUGUGUAAAAGUGGAGAUGACUGUAUGUACCAUCACCCUACAACACAGUGCAAGACUUUUCCAACUUGCAAGUUUGGGGAUAAAUGCCUUUUCGUGCAUCCUAAUUGUAAAUACGACGCCAGGUGCACCAAGCCAGACUGUCCCUUCACUCAUGUCAGCCGAAGAAGCAUAGCUGCUCCUCCACCCAGGCCAGCAGCGCAGCCAGUGAAAACAGCGAGCGUGUGCCGUUUCUUCCCAGAGUGCAAAAAGAUGGACUGUCCAUUUUAUCAUCCUAAGCCUUGUCGUUUUGCGGGGCAGUGUAAACGGGCUGGAUGUACCUUCUACCACCCAACCACAUCUGUGCCUCCGAGACACGCCCUGAAGUGGACAAAAACACAGAGCAGCUAAUAAAAUCCAGACAGAAGUCUGCCUAAGGUCAACAUGUAAAGCGAUGGAAGAUAUCUGUCUAUAUUUUCAUUCUUUAAUUGUUGCUUCACUUCAUUUUAAUGUAUUGUUUGGAGAUUUUUAAGAGUUUACAAGUUUUUUUGUAAGAUGAAGAGGUUCUUUGCUCAUGCUCUCAGAAUAUUAAAGUACUCCACAAUGAACUUUAAA